AUGGCCAUACCCUUGCUUUAUCGAAAGGUCGUCACCAUCGGGAACUCGAAAUUCGUCACUUUCUUGGAGGGACCGGCUAUCGCUUCCUUCAACUACAUCCAGGUCCUACACCUUCGAGACGUCGGAGAGGGUAGUGAUCUGGACGGCCUGAACAAGGCUAUAAGCGAUCGUGAGAUGCAGUUCACGUUGAAUUCUGUCAUGAAGGACCCAUGCCUUCGCGCGGGCCUGGAAUCCUCGAUCGUCGAAUUUCGAAACAUACGGCUUCGAAAGGCCCGUCUGCCAAUUAAGGUCAUGAAGAUCGGAGGAACCCUUGUACAAGCAGUCAGGAAGUUGCUUCGUCUAUUUGAGGUGCACCACCUUGUAGUCGAAGACUUCCACUUUCCAACUGGCAGCAAGGAUUCCCCCAUUCCUUUUGGUGUCUGCCAGAAAAUCACUCUGAUUUGCAAUCCUACUCUCUCUUACCGGAAUGACGGCUCUUACAACUUUUAUCCACAGACCUACUGCGAACUUAGAAAAGAUGCCCAGACGCUAUCAAAACUUGAACUCCAAAUCGGGUGGGAAGGCCCACGUCGACCCAGUCACCGUUUACUAGGAAAGGGUCCUCGGCGCGCCACCGACAUCGUCCCGCAACUCUUGAGCAGCUUUUGCAAACGCCACGGACCCAUCGAGACAAUCACUAUCCAACCCUUCCUUGGACAGGUACACGGAUCCCACAAAUGGUGUUUUGGGCGAGUAAUGCCUGAAGCUAUCGCCGUUCCCCCUGGAUUUCCUUCCAUCGAUUUCGCUACCGGAUGUCACUGCUACGGCGGGGACCGUACACAUUUCUGGGAUGGCCUAGUUGAAGCCCUCCAAGCCGCCAUGGAAAUCGAGUGGAGGGAUUCGGUGUACGAUUGA